AUGCGCGGCACUCUCAUCUUCGCGGGCUCCUCCUGCCCAGCUCUCACUACUCAGAUAUGUGAGAACUUGGGCAUGGCUCCUGCUGAGGCGGAGCUUACCCAAUUUUCCAAUGGCGAGACGAGCGUGCGAAUCUUGACUAGCGUCCGAGAGAAGGAUGUAUUUGUCGUCCAGUCUGGCAGCGCCAGGGUCAACGACACUAUCAUGGAGUUGUUGAUCAUGAUCUCGGCCUGCAAUGGCGGCUCAGCCAACAACAUCACUGCUGUACUGCCGUACUUCCCCUACAGCCGUCAGUCAAAGAAGAAAUCUCACCGCGGGGCGAUCACGGCACGAAUGCUUGCAAAUCUUUUGGGUGUCGCUGGCGUGAAGCACGUCAUCACCGUCGACCUUCACGCAUCACAGAUGCAAGGAUUCUUCAAAUGUCCCGUUGAUAACCUUCACGCCGAGCCGUUGAUUGCGAGAUGGAUCCGCCACAACGUUCCCAACUGGAAGGAGGCUGUCGUUGUGUCCAAGAAUGCUGGCGGAACCAAGCGUGUGAAAUCGCUUGCGGACGCGCUGAAGCUGAACUUCGGCAUGGUUACUACGGAGAAGAACCGAAAGGGAAACAACAUGACCUCGAGCAUGAUCCUCCAUCAUCUGGACAACCUAGACCGGCAGCCGGUGCUGGAGAGCAGUCGCCAACCCGCAACGGUGCGACCCUCUACGCCUCCUGCAGCUGGACGCGCCGCCAGGGUGAGAGCUGACGCCACUGGUUCCCCUCAGCACACCAGCGCACCGCGAUCCCAUCCUCGCUCCAUGGAUGACGUACCUACCACGCCCACGCAGUCCCAGCCCGGCGAUGGCUCGGUCGAUGAAGAGGAGAGCGAUGCGCUUUAUGACGACCGUCGCGCCCAGGAGGUCACGCACGGACGGCUGGUUCAGGGUCACAUAGUAGACGACGACUAUCCAUCGCCGGCUGCAUCGACCGUGAGCGGCAGUGUCCGGGAGGAAGAUCCCAUGACCAUGUCCCACGCCUCAUCCUUCUUCGCUCCGGAGCCUCACGCCUUGGGAGGCUCCGGAGAUGCGGCCCCUGAGUCGGACGAGGAGGACGAAGUCUUGAAGGACCCCAAGGUCGAGCACAUGAUCACCCUGGUCGGCGAUGUCAAGAACAGAACUGUCUUCAUCGUGGACGACAUGAUUGACAAGCCUAACUCGUGGAUUGCCGCGGCCGAGACCGUUGUCAAGAAGGGACGUGCCAAGAAGGUUUACUGCAUGGCCACGCAUGGUGUUUUUGGUGGCGACAGCCUCGAGCAGUUGCAGAAAUGCGAGUGUAUCGACACCAUCCUGGUGACCAACAGUUUCCCCAUCCCCGAGGACCAGGCUAAGCGUGCUCCCAAGCUCGUCGUUCUGGAUCUUUCAUUUCUUCUUGCCGAGGCCAUCCGUCGCAACCACUACGGCGAGUCGAUUUCUCCUCUGUAUCAACACAUUCUGGACUAG